AUUUUCAGCUGUUCCCACGUCGCGCUCUCUCACACAGAGAAUGCAAGGUGCUGCAACCAGCUCGCUGCCGUCGAGCUCCGAGAGAUCAUCAAGCUCAGCUCAGCAGAUGGAAGUCAGAGAUGUAGAGGAGAGUGAUGAGGAGAUGAGAAGGGUGCCAGAGUAUGGAUACGAGCAGGCCUUUCGCUCAAUUUCUGAUCAUACAACCAAUGGUGGCACUGCUAUGUUCUCUCUAUCCUCUGAUGUUUUGCCAGCACAACGAAAGAGGGGGAAGAGCUCCGCUGAUAAGGAGAAACGCCUCAAGAGGCUGCUAAGGAAUAGGGUAUCAGCACAACAGGCAAGGGAGAGGAAGAAGGCAUAUAUGGGCGAUUUGGAAAUAAAGGUGAAGGAUUUGGAGACCAAGAACUCUGAGCUAGAGGAGAGACUUUCCACCCUUCAGAAUGAAAACCAGAUGCUCAGACAAAUACUGAAGAAUACAACUAUUGGUAGGAGAGGAUCAACUGGCAGCGCAAAGGGUGAAUGCCCGUAGUAGCUGGA